AAUAACUACAUCGUGUGUUAAUAUGGAGCAGCGGCUCUGGGAGAUCAGUCACUCCGGAAUGCACCGCAGAUAACUGCGAGUCAAGGAUUUCCUGUUCUGAAACACUGACUGUGAAGCAGUGAAGCUGUUCCCCUGAAUAAAGAGUCUGGCCGGAGCUGUCAGAACCACGCCUAUAGGGGCCCACAAUUGGUCCAGAAAGCGUAAAAUCAGCAAUCAAAGGGGCUUGGUUCAUUAGUACUGGGGAUGGAGGCAGGAAGGACAUGUGAGAUAGUAACAGAUCAGCAGUGAACAGGGCCACAUCUCUCCAGUCAGACUGGAAUGACUGAAGCAGAGGAGACAUAGCGCAGCCGGGCUGAGCCGUCACAGCACCGCCGACACUAAAGGACGCAGCCGAGGUACCGAAGGAAAGAAAAAGACUUCAGCAACAACUCUGGGCUGUUUUAAUCUACUCGUAAACAAGCUGAGGGUUUCGGCUGUAGCUUUCUGCACCGCUUUAGAGAAAUUAUCUGCGGUCGAAGCGCAGAGCUACCCUGGCUCCUGGUCGGGCGGAGAUACCACUAAAACAUCCAUCGUUGUUUCCCUUCGCUUUUUGUGGAUGCACCGAUGAGAGAUCCAGUUUUUACAGGGACUGCAAUGGCUUAUCACCCUUUCCAUCCACACCGGCCGACCGACUUCCCCAUGUCCGCCUUUCUAGCGGCCGCGCAGCCUUCCUUCUUCCCGGCGCUCAGCCUUCCUCCCGGUGCGCUCACAAAGCCCAUCCCGGAGCACGGCCUGGCCGGGGCGGCGGAGGCUGGUCUCCACCCGGCUCUCAGCCACCAUCAGGCGGCUCAUCUCCGCAGCAUGAAGAGCCUGGAGCCCGAGGAGGAAGUGGAUGACGACCCUAAAGUAACGCUGGAAGCCAAAGAUCUUUGGGACCAGUUUCAUAAACUCGGGACGGAGAUGGUUAUUACCAAGUCUGGAAGAAGGAUGUUUCCCCCGUUCAAGGUGCGGAUAAACGGCCUGGAUAAAAAAGCUAAAUACAUCCUGCUGAUGGACAUCGUGGCGGCGGAUGACUGCCGCUACAAGUUCCACAACUCCCGCUGGAUGGUGGCAGGCAAGGCCGACCCGGAGAUGCCCAAGAGGAUGUACAUCCACCCGGACAGCCCGGCCACCGGCGAGCAGUGGAUGGCCAAGCCUGUUGCCUUCCACAAGCUCAAGUUAACCAACAACAUUUCGGACAAACACGGAUUUGUCCAGACCAUCCUGAACUCCAUGCACAAGUACCAGCCCAGGUUCCACAUAGUGCGGGCCAACGAUAUCCUGAAGCUGCCCUACAGCACCUUUAGAACCUACGUGUUCCCGGAGACCGAGUUCGUGGCGGUGACAGCGUACCAGAACGACAAGAUAACGCAGCUGAAAAUUGACAACAAUCCUUUCGCAAAAGGAUUUAGAGACACGGGCAACGGCAGGAGGGAGAAAAGGAAACAGCUGACCAUGCCUUCGCUGCGGAUGUAUGAUGACCAGUGCAAAGCGGACCGGGAUGGCGCAGAUUCGGACGCAUCCUCUAGUGAGCCUCAGGCCGGCCGAGAUGCAGUCCACUCCCCGCUGGGCGCCAGCACCAGCCCCUUAAGGUUCAGCAGGCCCAGCCGAGAGGAGAAAGCAUACACAGACAGUGAGCAGGAGCUGGAGCAGCAUGACGAGCGCUGCACAGCGUCAAACAGCCCAGGGCCUGAACCGGUGUCCCCCUACAGCUCAAGGUGUGAGGACCGCGCCAGGGAACGGCCCAGUGCCGAAAAGAAGGAUGAAUCCGUAUUCAGUAUAAGGAAUGUAGAGAAGGACAAAGCAGAGAGCAGGCACAGGAAGGACACCACAGAGGUGUUGACAAAGGACUCUGAGACUGGAGGCACUGGUGCCAGUAAGGACACCUUCUCCCCUCUAGUGGUCCAAACGGAGAGCCCCUCGCACUUCAGCCCAGGUCACUUACAAAGCCUGGCUCUGUCUGGGCUUCACAGUCAGCAGUUCUUUAACCCUCUAAACACCGGAUCGCCGUUUUUGUUUCAUCCCGGCCAGUUUGCCAUGGCCCCUGGAGCCUUUUCUGCUAUGGGAAUGGGGCAUCUAUUGGCCACUGUUUCCGGAGCAAGUGGUUUGGAAAACGGCAGCCUCUCCGCCCAAGGCACAGGAGGAACUCCCAACCCUUUCCCCUUCCAUUUGUCUCAGCACAUGCUUGCCUCUCAGGGCAUCCCCAUGCCUCCUUUCGGAGGUCUUUUCCCGUAUCCGUACACCUACAUGGCAGCUGCCGCAGCUGCGGCUUCAGCUUCAGCUCUCCCUGCAACCAGCACCUCCAGUCCACUCUCCAGGAAUCCCUUCCUGGGCUCAUCCCGUCCUCGCUUACGUUUCAAUCCCUAUCAGCUCCCUGUGUCACUGCCUCAGAGCUCCAGCUUGCUCACCACCGGCCUGCCCAGCAACCUCAGCCUGGGCUCCGAGUCCUCCAAACCUGGCAGCAGGGAGACCAGCCCGGCGCCUGAUCAUCACAGCAACCACAAGACUGGAGGAUCGGGUGGAAGGGCAGCCUCUCCAAAAACCUCUAUGAAGGACUCAGUAAAUGAGCUGCAGAGCAUUCAGAGACUGGUCAGUGGCCUGGAAGGCCAGAGAGAGAUUUCUUUGAAUGCAGACUCUCCCAAGUGACGAGGACUUUGUGUCUGGGAUGAAGACUUGUCUUGAAAACCAGAGAACCUUGGGUGCAUACCUGUACUGUACAGCACAUCACAGAGACUGUCAUGGGGUUUUGACAGAUGAGAAUCAAUGAAGAAUAAUUACAAAAAUAUUUUCAGAACAAAGCUGCGGGUAGACAAAAAUAUAGUCUUUCAUUAAAAUAAAUCAUUGUUUUCAUUCACAAGUAUUGAAGGUUUCCUACAGAGCUGACUGGGUUACAGGGGAAAUAUCUGUAAGACAUUUUCACCACAACCACCACUAAGUCCUGCUGCUUGACAUCCUCUCCCCAACCCCACCAAGGUACAUCACCAUGUUUGUCUUUAUGCAGUAAAAUUAGCUCAAAAUAAUAACUAAAAACAAAUGACAAAUUAAAUAUCAAAAGAAUACAAAAAUAAUAGAAUCUAAACAAUGAAAUAACUAAUAAUGGAGUGAACCACUUAGGUUUAAGGAUGUGAAACAGAGUAGCUCUACAAAAAGCUUUGGUGUGUGGUCAUGUUUGGGAGGAACCACAGAGGGUCUGGAGGAACCCAAGAAUGGAACCUGUCUGUACCUGCAGCUGCUCACAUAUGCUGCAUUUAAAGCUUUAAGCAUCCAACGUUUUUAUAUAAUGAAUUUUUGCAAAACCGAGCCUGGAACAUGAGUCUCAUGAAGGCAGGUCUACUUAUUUCACAAAAAGGGAUGGAAGGUGAAAAAUCCGUUUGACAGAGACUAACCAUCAUCAUUUCAUGCCAGAAAUUGUCUUUCUGAACUAUUUAUGUAAUUAAAAUUUUCUGUAAAUAAAGCUAAGAUCAAGAAUAUGCAAUUGGUAUUAAUUUAUUUGAUGCUGUAUAUUAGCGUGUAUAUAUACUUGAAAUUAGAUUUUUUUUUUUUUGUUGUUUCCGUUCCUGAUCCCCGUCUUCAUUAACCCCUACCUCCCUAUUUUACAUGAACAUAUACUGUAAAUUUGAACUAUUUAGCGUUUGUUGGUUUGGAAAGAAAAACAACUGUAUGGAGCAUCGCAGAAUUUUUUUAUUAUUUUAUUAUUAUUUUUAGGAGACGAGUGUGCCAUGUUUUAGUCCACAUCCACCAACAAAUAGAGGAGAACGAGAAAGAAGUCCGCACGGAUUGAAAGAAAAAAACCUCAGGUUAUUUUAAUAAAGUCAGGAGUUCCUGUUAUGAGCGCAACAUUCAUACUCAUGAAUAUAUUCAAAGAUGGAACAUCUUGUUUUUGCUGGUUUUCCUUUUUUGAGUUGUCUCACACUUUCAAUAAAAAAAUCGUUGUGCUUUAA